UUUUUGGUAAAGAAAAAAGAAAUUUUCAUAAAAACAAAAACAACAACAACAAUGAAAAUAGAUUUACAACAGAGAAAAUUUCGUAUCGGUGUUAAUUAUGAUCCACCAUAUUCAGCCAUUUCAGUGAAUAAUAAAGUUCCUAAUGGUUUUGAAGAUGAAAUGUUUAGAAUAUUGGCCAAAUAUUUUAAUUUUACAUAUGAUUUAAUUGAUUUUAAUGGAGAAUAUGGUAUCCAAGAUGAUAAAGGAAAUUGGGAUGGUCUAAUCGGUGGAUUAAUUAAUGAUUCAAUCGAUCUUGCCUAUGGCGGAAUUUCAUUGAAUGCUGAACGUAAUAAAAUGGUCGAUUAUUUUUAUCCACAUUGGUAUGAUCAAUUAACAUUUUUGACAAAUAUUAUCGGAACCAAACAGAAUAUGGAUAAAUUUCUACGACCAUUCAACAUAACCAUUUGGAUAGCAUUGAUCUUGAGUUUUGGUCUAUUUUUUCUAUUCGAUUUAGUAUACAAUAAUCUGAUGAAACCGACCAUAAAAUAUCGUGAAGAACAAUUAUUUUGGAUUAUAUUGAGAGAAUUUUUUCAACAACCAUAUCAAUGGUAUAAUCGAUUAAAUUUGGCUAAAAAAAUUAUAACAAUUAGUUGGUCGGCAGCAAUAUUAGUAUUAACUGGUUAUUAUUCGGGCUGUUUAUUAUCCGAAUUAACCAUACCGGAUAGUGAUCAAAUUGCAAAUAUUUGGGAAUUUUGGGAAAAGUUUCAUUCAGAAAUUUAUAGCCAUUUAUAA